AUGUCGAAUACCAUAGGCCGCUCGACGCCAACCCCUGGCCAGGAAAUUUCCCUGUUCACAAAGCAUACCAUUAUGGGGUCUCUAUUCGAAAUCACCGAAAGAUACUCCGAGUUGCUCCCUGUGGGAAUGGGCAUUUCGGGCCUCGUUUGCUCGGCAAAGGACAAUAUCUGUAACCAGACGGUUGCCGUCAAGAAAUUGUCCGAACCGUUCAAAACGGACUACCUUGCCAAACAUAUGUAUCGCGAGGUCAAGCUUCUGAAACAAUUGCAGCACGAGAAUCUUAUCCACCUGAAAGAUGUAUUCAUCUCGCCGUCAGAGGAUAUAUACCUCGUCACAGACCUCAUGGCAACAGACCUCCACACGCUUCUCAAAACGAAGAAAGUGGAUGAGCAAUUCACCCAAUAUUUCAUGUACCAAAUUCUGCGCGGCCUCAAAUACGUCCACUCGGCUGGUGUCGUCCACCGCGACCUCAAACCGAGCAAUAUUCUAAUCAACGAAAAUUGCGAUCUGAAAAUAUGCGACUUCGGCCUCGCCCGUGUCCAAGAUCCACAAAUGACUGGCUACGUCUCGACACGAUACUACCGCGCCCCCGAAAUUAUGCUCACAUGGCGACGGUAUAACGAGAAAGUCGAUAUAUGGAGCGCGGGCUGUAUAUUCGCAGAAAUGAUUCUCGGCCAUCCGAUCUUCCCGGGAAAGAAUCAUAUCAAUCAAUUUAUGGUGAUUACGCAGACACUCGGAAGUCCGCCGGAGAACGUUAUCAAUAGUAUCACCAGUGAGACUACUCUCCACUUCCUCCAAUCCCUCCCCAAGAAACCGCGACAACCACUAUCGAACAUAAUGCCCAUGGCAACCAGCAAAGCAAUAACCCUCCUCGACAAAAUGCUCCAACUAGACCCAGAAGAACGAAUAACAGCAGCCGAAUGCCUCCUCUCGCAAUACCUAGCUCCCUACCACGAUCCCGACGACGAGCCCAUCGCAACAGAACGCUGUGACUGGGAAUUCCUCGAGGCAGAUCUUCCUGCCGACAUGUGGAAGAUGAUCAUGUACUCGGAGGUUCUCACUUUUCAUGAGAGAGGCUGCUCGAGCGGAGACUCGCCUGUGGCGGCGAAGCUUAUGCCGCAGUUGAGUCAGUUUGGGGUUGAAAUGGAUCUUGGGUAG